GUCCGUGUCAGCCAAGAUCAGGAGCACUUUUUGUUGAAUCCUUUUGGCCUGCAGUACCACGAAGUGACGGCGUCUUCUCUACUGAAAGUCGACAUGCAAGGCAACAUCAUCGACCCUGGAUCUACAAACUUUACCUUCAACAAAGCUGGAUACAUGCUUCAUUCAGCAAUUCAUCUAUCACGCCCUGAUAUUAAAGCUGUCAUUCACCUUCACCACCCAGCUUGUGUUGCAGUGUCUGCCAUGAAGCAAGGUCUGCUGAUUUGCUGUCAAGAGGCAGCCAUUCUAGGACCGGUCAGUUACCACGACUACAGGGGCUUAGUAGUCGACGAAGCAGAGCGUGAAUCGAUUGCCCGCGAUUUAGGGCCAAACAAUAAGGUACUGAUACUUCGCAAUCACGGCGUGGUGACCGGUGGCGAGACGCUAGAGGAGGCACUCUACCUGAUGACCAACCUGGUGCUCGCAUGCGAAACUCAGAUCAGACUGGCCCAGGUAGGCCUGGAGAAUAUUCGCCUGCUGCCUGAAGAGGCCGUCGAACAGGUGCGAACGGCACUGAAAGACGCCGGCAGCGGUGUGCAAGGACUCAACAAGACUGGCGAUCCGGCUGAACUGGAGCGACAGCAACAGGCGAGACAGGCGGCCGCCGCUGGAGGUGCCAAAAAGUGGAAAAUCUGGGAUCUGGAAUUUGAAGCACAGAUGCGAAUGCUGGACAACUCGGGUUUCCGGACUGGUUACAUCUACCGGCAGCCUCUGCUACGCGCUGAAUCCACCCGAACGCGCUCUGACGUGGAAGUGCCCCCGACGGCAUCUUCGCAUGGCAAUGCCUUUGACGAGGACAAGUGGCUGUCUCCCUUGCGCAAGCUGGUGGCGGGAAAGAAGACGCAAGACAAGCUGAACUGGGUCAACUCGCCCAACGUCUACCAGAAGGUGGAAAUGCUCGAGACGGGCACUAUUGACCCGAGAAAGAUCACUAAAUGGCAAAUUCAGCAAGACGGCUCGCCUGCUCACAGCACGCCGAUCAAGAUCGACAGUCACAGCCAGUUUGUUCCCGUUAACGGAGGUGAUCCAAAUGAGUUCAAGCGCAAACAGCGAGAGAUGAAGGAAGUUCGCAUGAAGAACAUGAUCACUAGCGGUCCGCAAAGUCACAUCCUCGAGGGCGUCAACUGGGAGGAGGCACGGCAGUACGCCGCCAGCCAGGUGGACGGCACUGCCCCGGCCAAUCACGUGGUCAUGGUGGGCGCCGCCUCGAAGGGCAUCAUUCAGCGAGACUUCCAGCACAAUGCUACCGUCUACAAGAGCGCAUACGCGAAGAACCCAUUUGAUAAUGUGACCGAGGAGGAGUUGGCCGAAUAUCGACUACUUAUCGAGCGUAAAAAUCGCGGAGAAAUAGUUAAUGAAGACCAGAUUCCAGAGAAUGUGAAGCACCUUCUGGCGGAGCCAAUAUCCCUGCAUCAUGAUUCGCGCGACAUUGCUAGUCCUACUUCUCCUACAUCGCCACUAUCUGAUGAAGAAGCUGAUGGCACCAACGUCAACGGAGAACACGACAAACAUGAGAGGAGCAGUAAAGAGGGCUCUCCUGUGAAAGAAGAUAAGAAAUCGAAAGAAAAAGAGAAGAAAGAGAAAAAGAAGGGCGGCAUUCGAACGUCAUUUUUCAGCAAGAAGAAGUCCAAAAAUAAGGACAAGGACGAACCACAUGCAGUGGCUGCUUCCAACUAA